ACCGGGAAAAAGCGGAGACUAGAAAGUAGAAACGGGUUUUUGUUUUUUUUUUUCCUCUGAAAACGAAAGAGAGAAGGAGCAAAAGUUUUCUGAACAAGAAGAAAGAGACAAGAGAUAAGAGAGUGUCUGUAAUGGAGAUUGAAGAUGCACUGACGUCAUUGGGGCCCAAUGGGGACAACAGAGGCGCCGGCGGGAAGUUGAGGAAAUCGGCACGGAAACCUCCGGCAACUCCAUAUGCCCGUCCCGCCAAUCAAACCCAAACCGGCCGAAGCAAAGAGAGGGGUUGGUUCUCGAAGCUCCUCGACCCUGCUUCUCGCCUUGUCUCCAGUGGCGGUACCAGACUCUUCCCUUCUUUCUUCUCCAAAACAAAUCAGGUGGAGACUCCCGCCGUUGAAGACCCUGAGAUGAAGCAAGAUCCUAUUGUUGAAGAUCCAAAGCGCAUUUGUAAUAUUCAGGUAUCUAGAUCAAAGGAAGAAGGUGGUCCUAAUAAAGAAGCAGGUAGGUCAAACUAUGGUGGUGAAGUGGAUGAACUUGCAGGAGACAAAAUGGGAAGCUCAUCUAAUGUUGAGCUAUCUAAAAUUGAGCAGCUGGUGAAAGAGAAAACUUUUUCAAGAGAUGAACUAAACCGCUUAACAGAGAUAUUACGCUCAAGGAUUGUUGAUAUCUCUGAUGUUGAUGGGCAGAGGAAGGAAAACCAAGACAUAACCUCAGGACCAGAAGCUGCAGGGGGCAUAUUGGUCCAGAAUAAUCUUAGAACUCCAGUGAGAGAAACAGCAGCAGUGAAUUUGCAUAUAGGGGGAGCACCAAACUCUGUUUUCCGCUCAACUAUACAUGAUGAUGUUGGAUCUUCGCCAGUAGACAUUGCAAAAGCUUACAUGGAAACCCUAACAUCAGACUCAGGCCUUCAUUUGCAGAGCAGAAUAUCAAAGGAUGAAAAAGAUCCAGUACAUAUUGAUGAUUUUUCAUCAAAAAGGCUGUUAUUUUCAUCCCCGUCACCUAAGUCACCCAUGUGUUGGCCUGGUGCCAUGGUACAAGACCAGCUUGGUUAUCUAACACCACAAAUUCAAAGAAACAGGAUUGGGCUUCACAAUUUGCCACGAACCCCAUAUUCUAGAACUGUUUAUUCAAGGUCCAGUUCCAAGAUGAUCAAAACAGGGAACACUGUUGUGGAUGAUCACACAGGAACAAUAGGACCCAUUCGUAGAAUACGUCAGAAGUUCAUUUCAACAGGUUCUUCCAGAGAACAUGGUUCAUCUCGUCCUUCCAGCUCUGCUCCUUUAUGGUCAGAAGGUUCUGAUGCUUUUAAGGGCUUUUCACCCACAGUUAAGAGGACUCUUGAUCCUGGAGCAUCUACCAGUGGUAAUUUACAAUUCCAUCCUGCAGAUGAUAAAGCACCCACUUCUAGUACUGUUGUACCAACCGUCCACCCACAGUCUAGUAAGAUGGCUAGAAAAAUAUUGGAGCACCUUGACAGGACUAUUCCAACCCUGAAGGAGAAAUCAGAUGAAAUAAAGCUGGCGACUGCAUGGAAAAAGCCUCCUUGUGGGUUCACCAAAGACAUGGUAAAUGGUCAAUUUAUUGGCUCUAAUCUUGAGGCUUUUGAUACUCAGAAGAGUGACUGUUUACUUACCUCUACCAACCAAGGAGGUGAAGAUGGGGGUAGCUCUUUCCUUAAAGUUCAUGAACAGAAAAAAUCUAAUGAAACUGCUACUUCAGAAAGCAGAACUUCAGCUUCUGGCACAGUACCUGCUCUGGUUGGUUUUGGGUCUGAUGGUACACGUUUAAAAAAGCCUUCCAUGGAUUCACAAGUCUGUACAGAUGGGGUCUUUGUGGGGCUGGGCGACGGUGGAAAGAAUGAGAAGAGUCAACCAUUUCCUCUCCACAAUUGUAUAUCUGGGCAAGAGAUUCAUCGUGCUGCUACUUUCGAGAGUCUAAAUGUACCAAGGAAGACUGCAGCUCAAUCGUCUGGAAGUAAACUGGGUUUGACAUCAACCUCUCUUGGUAAAGUGGACCAAAAGUGCACAAUUUCACCCGACAAUGGUUCUGGGUUUUCUUUUCCUGUGCCUGUGUCAUCUGGUGUACUUUCUGAACCGCCAACACCUACCAUAGCACCAUCAUUGUCAGCUAGGGCUAUGCCUGAAUUCGAAGGAACCACAGUCCCGUCUUAUAGUUUUGGCUCCAAGAAGUCUGGCCAGGUCCUUGUUUUCAAAUUUCCAUCUACAAGUACCUCCGCUCAGGGUAAUGCUUCGACUCCAAAGUUCAAAUUUGGAUCAGAUAAGGUGGCCAGAGUAUCCUUCCGAUCAGUUGGCAAAGAUGCCGUAUGUUAUUAACAGUGAUGGUGUUGAUAUAUUUUUUUUCUUCAUUUUCAUGAAAACAGUAACAUUUGAUGUGUAGCCAUCCCAGUCUUCACAUGAUUUUAUCCCUUUGGCCGUGUAGUUGGGCACUUCGGCUAUGUAGUAGCCCUGCAGUUGAGGCUUAUGAAACAAUGCUUUAUCAAUGCUAUGUAAAUUACAUUUCUGCUUUCA